AUGACCUCGGAUUCAAAUCACGGCAGUCCCUCUUCGUCUUCAAGUACAAGGCCAGCAGCCAAACCUUUGAAGAGAGGUAGAGCGUGCAUCUCUUGCAGAUUCCUCAAAAUUAAAUGCGACGGAGCAAAACCAAUAUGUGGACCAUGCAUGCGACAUCCGAAGGACGAUGGAUGCGAGUAUUCAGAUGCGCAGGGGAGGUCACGGACAAAGGUUCUCGAGGAGACGAUACAGAGCUUGCAAGCUCGUCUAGAUGAACUGCAGAACCCCCACGACUCCACUCCAUCAGUGACGCUGCACGACCCAUAUCGCCCCUACAAUGAAAGCCGACUUGGGGCCUCUCAGUCGUUCGCUGAAUCAUCCCGUGCUGCGGAAGCUCCCAUGGAGGCUUCUUCCUUGCUUUCACCAUUGUCUACAUUCGAUUCUCCGCUUGCAUCGCAAGGUUCCCCCAACACUGCGCCGUACCUGAUUCCAACGGCCUCGAGCCCUAUUUCUGGCUCGAGUGGCAGAUCAUCGAGUGUCUCGUCUCCUUACCAAAACGCUACAACGUUCUUGGGGCAUGAGGAACCUCCACUGCCCGUAAUCCAGACUUUGCUCGACUCAUUCCUUCCCCAUGUCACGGAAUUGGGAUUCUUCCUCCACCCAACUCGCUUCCGAGCUGAUGCCCUUCGACCCCUUCGUUUUGGCCAGACACCGCGACCCACCAUGGGACUACUAAGCACAGUCUAUCUUUGGGGUGCUCAAUUUUCCCAGCAAGAUCCUUUGAUCUCGUACGAAGAAAUCUUCUUGUCGCGGGCCCUUCAGAACACUGCUACGGAUCUUACACGCGAUCACCCACAUCGUGUGCUUCACACUAUUCAAGCAGAAGUUCUUCUAGCGUAUUACUUCUGGCGGAAUGGAAAGAUUCUCGAGGCUAAGACCCAUGCUGGUGGCGCCGUCUCAUUAGCUAUUGGCUGUGGUCUACACCGGUGGCGAUCAGCCAGACCCCCACCCAUGCCUGGCAUUGGAGUCGUGGUGGAGAACACAAGUAACGUGAUGUCUCCACGAGAUAGUGUGGAGGAAGGCGAGAUCAUCAAUGGCUUCUGGGCUGUGUGGACGCUCCACAAGUCUCUCUCGGCGGCUGUUGAUCCGGCUGGUGCUCUCUGCGGUGCCUUAGACGCGCCCGGAAUACUGGUGGACACACCCUGGCCUUUGGACAUGGAAGGAUACCGAGAUGGUCUUCUGACCCAGGAUUUACGUGGAAGCUCAACGAUCCGCAAUUUUCUCUCAGGCGCAGAAUAUCCCAUUCAAGGCAAGAUGUCCAACGCCGAGAUGAUCGCAAAAGCUGUUACACUCUUUCAUCGUGCCUCCUUCCUGUCUGGCCAGGCCUCUGCAGAUAUGCCAACUCGCGACGCCCAGAUCUUUCAUUCAGCAUUCCAAUCGCUUGAUUCGCUCGUCAGCUCAUUCCACGCUAGUCUCCCGUCACUUGACUCCUAUGGGAGCGAAAGUCGCCCUCGCCAGGUGACGCUGGCUCAUGCCGUCACCAACGCUGCCAUCAUCAAACUCCACAAUGUAUUUGCAUACGCGAACGCAAACUCCAACGACCUUUGCAUGAACGCAGCUCGCUCCAUCGUCGAUAACGCACAGCAAGACCUCGGUUUCGUAAACCCUCUGAUGGGCUCAUUAUGGGUCACAGCAUGUCAAGUCUUUAUCAACGAGAUUUCUAAACGACGCGCAAUACACGGCGUCGUCGAAGGCGAGGAGAGCAUAUGGUCGGGGCUUAGAGCGGGGCUAUCAGCAAUGAAACCCUACUCGGCCGCCAGCCAGCUCAUGCGUGCGUCCUUUGGGUACAUCCAUCGGCUUGUCUAA